UUCCAUUCAGGGAGAAUAUUGGCCUGCCCACUUAGAGAGGGGUGGUAUCAUUUGAAAGCUACAACAAUGCGUGUAAGCACAUUGUGACCAUCGGUGUAUAACAACAUACGAUGCAGUGAUAUAAUAUUAAAUCUGAGCAUUCAUCGUCAUUCAGUUACAUGUAACUAUCAACAGCCGUUGAGAGAUAGCAAGAUUUUGCGUUUAUAGCCUGCAAGGUGCCAUUUUGCAGCAGAUGCAUAUAUUUACAGCUGAGUCAACUGGAGCAACGUGAAAUGAAGUACCUUGUCCAAGGACACAACACGCCGAUGGAACCGGGAAUCGAACAUACGAACCGAAUGCAACUGUCUUUAAUCAUUAGGCUACACAACACUGGAUUUUUUUCUAAAACUUUUUGGAAGACUGGAUUUGCCAAAAGCUUUUUGAAAGAUGAAGAGAAGCAAAACUGAGGCGGUAGACAAGGGUGGAAGAAAUGAAGAUCCACCACCAAACAAUCCACAGGCAUGCACAUUUGUAACAAACCCAGAGGAGCAGGAAGAGUCAGCGCCUUGUACUGAAGUCAAUCAAAGUGAAGUAUCAGAAGAAGAAAAAGUGUCAGUUAUAGAGAUUAAUGAAAAUCCAGCCUUGCGAAUCCUCGACAAUCUUAGCAAUUCUGGAAGAAUUUCUUCAGCAAAAGCAACAUACUUUAAAGAGAAGUAUUUGAAAAUGCAGCAACUUCUAACUCAAUCUAGCUCCAAGGUAUCAAGAUUGCAUGAAGAAUAUUCUGAAUAUCUCAGUUCUCAACAAGAACUGAUGCGAAAACUUGAAGAGGCUAAUAAAUACCCAAAGAAUAUUGCUGUGUCAACAGAAAUUACUAGCUUACGAGAAUCCUUUUUGAGUGCCAGCAACAAAUAUGCGGAAGUAAAAGAACGUUUACUUCAUUAUGAAUUCAAAAUAGAAUGUUUGACUGAAGAGAAAACGGUUUUACUAAGGGAAGUCACCAAACAACCAAAACCAGGGGAAGUUCAAGCAAAGCUAAAAGAUCUUCAGAAAUAUAUUGAAGAUUUAAAGAAAGAUACCCAACAAACUCGCGUUGAUUCAAAACAGCUUCUAGAAGAGAAAUCUGAGAAGAUCACUUUGCAAGAACAGGAGGUUGAAGAGUGUAACCUGCUAAAAGAAAAGCUUGGAAAUAUACAGAUGGAGCUUUAUCAAAUAGCAUCUGAACCAAAUCAAAUUGCAAAAGAAGCAGAUAAGAUAUCCAGAAAGAUACAAGAUAUUGAAAAGAAAAAAAUGAUUAUACAGCUUGAGUUUGAUGAAUGUUUUGAGGUUCUGAGAAAUUUAGAGAGUAUAAGUAUGGAACGAGACAAAGAAAAGCAGAGUCUAGUUGAAAGUAUUCAUAAAACUUCCUUAUCAAAAUCAGAUAUAGAGAAAAACAUAUAUGCACUGAAGAGCUCCCUUGAACAAGUAAAAGAUAAACUAGCACAAAAGUGUACAGAAAAAGAUGAAGUUGAUAUUUCCAUUCAGCAAAUGUUAAAUGAGAAACAAAGGAGGUUAGAAUAUGUAACCAUCAUGUCACGAAAUAUUGAAAAGGACCAGCGUGAGCUGAAGAAAGCAGAGUUGCAGGUGAAAAUUGCAAAAGAUAACUUAAACCAUUUACGGAAUAUUUUGAAUAAAAUUUCACAGCAGAAAGAAUCAGUCCCAACUGAUGAUGAAAAUAGAUCCAAAAAAAUACAAGAGUUGAAAACAGAAAAUGAACUAAAGUCACAACAGCUAAGUGCACAGAACAGGGUAAUGGCAACAGAAAAUAUGAAGUUUGACAAAAGUGUUCAAUGUGAACAAGAAUUGUUGCAGGAAUACUUUGAAGGGGAUUUAGAACUGCAAGAAUUGAGUCGACUUGCAAUCAUGAAGACUGUUGAGCGGGACAAAAAAGCCCGAGAUAAAAAUCGGGCUGACAACCGACAUCGAUGUAUAAAGGAGGAAUUAAAAGCAAAAUAUGGUCUUAUUGAUGAUCAUAAGAAGAAGCUGAGAGAAAAAAAGAAAAGACUAAAGGUUUUUGCCCAGAAAUAUGAAAGCAUGAAAACUGACCGGAACAAGUAUGUAUCCCUCAUCCAGAGUAGUACACAAAAGACCAGCGAACUGAGGCAGAAGAUAAAAAUCAUACAGAAUGAAAUGGAGAUCCUCCGAACAGCAGUUGUACUGAAAGACAAACAACUUCAUAAAGAGCGACUAAAACACAUGCAGAAUGUCUUACUACGUGAUGCCCUGCGUGAAGACAUAGAUAAACAUCAUCGGAAGGUGAUUGACUUGGAAGAACAAUGUGAACAACAAAAGAUAGAGAUAAGGAAGUUUAAUUACAUGAUUAACCAAACUGAAGAACAUAUGAUCAAGCUGAGAAAGAGAUACGAAAAUGCCAUUCAAGAACGUAACAAAAAGGGUGAAUGGUUAAUCAAAAUAAACUCAGAAGUAUGUUUAUUUUAUGAAAAAUUCAAUGUUCAGAAUGACAUGAUUACAAAAGGAAAUUCAGAGCUUGAAAAUUUUGAACAAGAAUUGAAAAUAAUGCAUCUUGAAAAGAGUUCAUUGUUAAGAGAGAUCAAUGUCUUAGACAGGCAGCUUCCUGAGAGGAAACCUCUGCUAGAAAAACUCAGAAAUGCCAAAUUUGAUCAUUGCGAAUGGGAAAUUAAAUGUAAGAUAAUGGCAAAAAGUGUUGUGGAGAGAGACAAUGAGAAAUAUCUGCGUUUCCUUCAUGGUAAUGAUCCUUCUCCUCUUGAAUUGUCACAGAAAAUUGAAAAGCUGGAAGUCCGAUUGUCUAAUAUGGAGAAACAGCUGAUGGAGAAGGAUCUCCUUAUAAAGCAAGUGACUCAUCUUCUGGAAAGAACUAAACAUAAGGCUGAUACAGGAAAAGAUGAUACAUUGAAGCUUGCUAAAAGUAUCAAUGACAUGCAGCGCAAGAUUAAAGAAACUACUCGCAAAAUGAUGUCUAUGACUGCUGAGCUGUCCAUGAACCAAGCAAAUGCAAUGAUGUUAAAUCAUGAACUGAAACAACAAGAAGACUUAGUAGGACAGUGUUAUGCCCGAAUGGCACAAGGAGAAGCACCAUCUGAGGCAAUGGAACAGGAAUGGUUGAGAAAGAAAAAUGAUGAACAACAGCAAAAGAAUAGAUUGCUAGAACAGCAAUUGUUGGAGGAAGAAGACACAAACCUCAGAAAAGCUGGAAGUACUUUCACAACAGCAGAACAAAGACCAAAUGCCUAUAUGCCAGAUAUUGGCUGUGAUCUUCCUGUUCCAAGGCCUUAUGGCAAACAUGCACCAUUUAAACCAACAGAACCUGGUUCAAAUAUUCGACACAUUCGUAAACCAAACCCAGUAAUUCUUGAUAUCUAAACAAACAUUUAAUUUUGAAAUGUCUCUAUAGUCACUAUAUAUAUUACUUUAUCAAAUAGUAUAUAUAUACACUACAUAUUGAAUAAAAUCAUAGAAUUCUAUUCUUGAAAUGAACAAGAACAAGAAGGAUUAUAUUAUUAAAGCUUUAAAGGUACCUUAUUAAAUCAUUAAAUAUUAAAAAUAGUGAGUGUGUAUUAUUGCAAAUUUAUUGUAGAUGAAAGUAGUUUUGGGACUAAUUGAUUCUCUCUACAUAAACUACAACACACUGGGAGCCACUUUGUGGUGGCUUGCUUUAUUAGAAAUAAUAGCCAAAUAUCUCUCAAAUCUCACUCUAUGACUAUAAAAAGAAAGAUGGGAGGGCACAUUGAAUUUGUUGUCCUAGAUACACCAUUCCUGUGAACAUACAUUUUAACAAAGCAUGCAAAAGUUGACAUAGACAUAUCAACUGCGUUCCUAUGUAUAUACUUGUUUAUGUACACUUUAUACAUAUUUUCUUUUGUGAUAUCGCUCCAUCAGUUACUUGGACAUGCACAUGCAUAUAAGCAGAAUAAUUUGUUACCUUUGUUCCUGCACCUGAAGAAAUGUAAUACUUGCCAUGUUAUAUUAUCAUUUCCAGAAAUACAGUUCAUAAAGGCUGAAAUCAGUUAAAAUCAAAUGAAGAAAAAUAAAAUAAGACAAAACUAUAAAGUGCAGGGGAAAGAAAAUAUAGGGCUAGAGGAUGUUUUGAGGGUUAUAUGAAAUUGUCUUAUGGAAUAGGUCAGGCAUGCUUCAGGAAAAGCUGUAGAAAUAAGGCAAAAUAUUUCAAAGAGGUUUGCAUCAGGGUUUAUCAAUUACUCAGUGUUAGAGACUUUGCCUCACAGGUAGACCUAAAAAUAAUGCAUGGGUAGAAAGUUAUAAGGACUUAACUUAUCGCCAUUAUAGUAUGGAUGAUGGGUAUACUCCCGAAGGAUCUAGACGUAUUCAGUCUUUUCCAGCAAAGUCAAUGUUCAAAUGUAGGACUCCUAGAACAGUUAUUUAACUACAUGUCACUUGGGCAAUAGGUUAAUGAUCCUAAGAUAACUCUGGAAUGUUCUGAAGUAAUAAAGAUGAGUUUGCAUAUAGCAUCAUAGUUUAUACCUCUUUGGAGUUAGAAAACAUGGAUAGUGAGGUGACACUGAAGUUGGCUUGAACUAUUGGAACUCUCUGAAGAUGCCUCUUUAUUCCUCUAAGGAAUUCUUAAGCCCUAGUGUCAGAUCCAAUUGGUUUACAAAAAGAUAGGUAUAUAUAGCAGUGUUGUUACACCAAUGUAGGUCUAUCCCCAUGUUGUACUUCUUAGUAUAUUAUUUAACAUCCACCAACUUAUAAAAUUCUCAAGAAUGCCUUCUGUAUAUAAAAACAAGUAGUGGAGGGAAUUCUAAUAAACUAAAUAUAGUAAGCCUAGAAAAUUUUUAUUAAUUAAAAUUGCACUUGCACUAGUUGGGUAAAAAAAGAAAAAGAAAGUCAUUAUCUUAAUUCACUCUAGUCAUAAAAUAUAAGGGAGACAAGUCCUGAAAUUAAAUUAGAUAUAGAAUGCAGUGCAGUAAAGAUUUAAGAUAUGCUUUGAUGUUAUUAGAUAUCAUCUGUGAGGCAUUAACUAUUAUUGCAGGUCUUAGUUUGAUUUGAAAGGUGACUUGCCAAGUGUGGCAAUUUUUUAUUUUUAUCAAAAUUAAGUCAAGUUGACACUGUUUGGCAGAUUGGUGAAAGCUUCAUGAAAUUAGGUAAUUUUCUCUAACUUACAUGGCUAAAAAAACAAUUUUCAAAUAUAUUGCUUUGUUUACAUGAAAUUUAACCUGAUGAUGAUGCUUUCUAAUGGUGAAUUUUUAUGACCACAUAGAGUAGGCUCAAGAUAAUUUCAGACAAUGUUGUUCUAUUGAUAUGAUUUCAUUGAGGCUCUUAAGUCAGCAAUAUUAGCUCAGUACUAGAUGUACUCAUGACCCAUUGGGUCACAACCACUCCAAGUUGAAAAUGUCAAUGUGUGGCAGCAAAGGAAAAGACACUAUUUUGAACUUCAUGCAAUAAAAUUCUUAAAUAAUAGAGAUCUCCUGGCUUUAGUGUGACAAAAUAAACACAACCAAGUGUUUCUUCUUUGAAAAUGUUCAAAUGGCCUUCAACUUUUUUCCUCACUUUCUUCUUUGCCAUUCUCUGUUACUACUGUUCCAAGUGAAAUACAUGGGUAUUUCAGCAUAAAGUAAUGUUUUUGCAAAGCCAUCAUUGAUGUACAAUGAAAAGAAUUCUGUACACUAUGCACCUGUUCAGACAAUAUCACUUUAGUAGAGGAAGUGAGCUAAUGUACAGCACAUACAUUUGAUCAUUAUAAACAAAUCAUUGUGCAAGAUGUUCAACAAGAAAUUGCUGAAUAGUCUUUUUUGGACUAUGACAGACUACCGCCAUAAAGAUUUUUAAAAAUCAUUACUAACUAAGAGAAAAUUAUCUGUCUUGCACAUAAUUCCAGCAUGCUAUACUAUCGUCCUUGCUAACUCAGCAAGUAAACAUGACAACAGCACCAGACACAUUUCACUGCUGAAAAACAUUCCAAGAUCUUGCAGGCGUGAAGUGUAUUCGAUCUACUAUAGCCAAAUUUAAAUUAACAGUGCAACAGAACUUUUCUCACGGUGGAACGAUGGUUUUUCUCUGACAGCAGUUUUACAUUUGCCAGAUUGCCUUUAGUUAAGCCAAAAUGAUGUCUUCACCACUUGAUCCUUAUAACCUCUUCUACUUUGCCAAAAGCUAGAAUAGUGAGAUAUCACAGUACCACCAAUGAAGCCCAUUGUUCUCAACGAUAUGUCUAUCCUUCUGGAUAGUUAUAAAAGCAAGAACCUCCAA